UUCGGCAAGUAAGUGCCAAUCGAUUGGACAUUUCGUCCAUGGUGGGCUAGAAAGAGAAAAGGGGUUAGGGAUGAAGCUGAAGAUGGGAAUGAAUGAGAUAUAGGGAGAAGGAAGCGUAUGAAAGGCAGUUUUUGAUUGGUAUUCCAGUUCAGUGUACCAUUUAAUCAGUAACUCAGAAUUUGUUUUUCAGGUACGCAAGUGCUGCCCAAUGGAAUUCAUUGUUGAAGAUGGCAAACAAGUUAAUGAACACUGCUCCAGGCUCGUACUGCCUGCAUUAUCGAUUGGGAAUGUGGGGCAGUUGGCGGUAGACCUUUUGAUAUCAAGUCUAAGAGCUGAGAGAAUUGGGUUAUUAGAUGAUCCUUAUGUUCUCCCGUGUGUUGGUAAUGAUGCAUACGGGCCAGUUCCCCAAGGGGAGCUUGCUCUCCCUCUUGAAGCGUAUGAUUCAACUUCUAAUGGAUUGACUCUUGUCCAACAAAGAUCCCCUGUUGUAAAGGGGAUGAUGAUAGAAUUUGCAAAGAAUCUGGCAGAUUUCGCUGUUGCAAGUGGGAAGAAGCGUGUUGUUGUUCUCUCUAGUUUGGAUUUUGGGAGAUGGCAAAGGAUUGAUAUGUCAAGUGGCUUGCAGACAUACUAUCUAUCCAGCUCCAACCCUGAUGGAACAGAUGAUCUGUGUGAACGGCUUGGAUGGAAGAAACUGCCUGAAUAUAACCUUGAUCAGAGGUGUUGGAAGUAUCUUAGGACUGUAGCUGAAGGAAAUUCUGCAGCAGAGGAUACUCUGCCUGCUGAAGAUGAUUUCGAAGAAGAAGAUUAUUACCCAAGUUUGCCUUUUUCUGCUCUUUUCUCCUGCUUCAAGGCAAAAGGUUUAGAAGUUACGUGCUUGUUAUGUUAUUGCUCUGAAGGGGACAACAUUCCUGAAGCUAUCCAUCUCGCUGAAGCCACCUGUAGGCUUUUAGGAAUCAGUUCUCCUGAUUCCCACGGUGAUAGUAGUGACUGGGUCAUCCCGUUUUCUUGGAAUUCUGUGUAUGGACCACCGCCAGAUAUCUCCAUGUUUUAGGUGGCAUAGGAAAGAGCGACGCACAAAAGGAGUUAUCGUGGGUUUUCCUCGGAGUGAUGAUAGUUUGUGGUCCUUCCUAGAGAACUUGUAUCGGGUAUUCUCUACAGAAGACCUACUUUUUAAGAGUAGCAGAAGAGUUCUUGAUCUGGGGCGAGAUUUCCUGAAACUUUUAGAUGGAUUUUGAAUUCAAAACAACUCGAAUUUCAGUGAUGAGCUCUUGUAAUAGCAUAGCAUUUUAAGUUGAUGUAGCCAAUACUUCGAUGAUCAUUGGGUCAUGAGUGUCUACACGAUGUUCGAUAAACUCAUGGGCAACUUCAUGUAUCAUUUUUCUGGGGACAGUCUAUGGUGUUGCAGAUGGUACGACUUGAGCCUCAUGCAUGUACACGUUGGUCAUAUUUGUCUUGGA